AUGCGCGCCCCUUCCCCGCUCGUCCUUCGGGCCUGGGGAUCACGGCUCGGUCCACGCAAGUAUCUUCCACUAGGCCAUUCAAAAAUUAUUACUCGGCCAGCAUAUAGAACAAUAGCAAGCUACACAAAUCCUCACCAUGCCUCUGCACUCUCCGUUCUCCCCACGGCUGUGGACACCUCCUCGCCAGAGUACCAAGAAAACAGUCAACAAAUGCAAGAGCUUCUGGAUCGCAUGAAUGGCCUCCACACAAAGAUUGCUCGAGGAGGAAACGACAAAGCACGGGAAAAGCACAUCGCCCGUGGCAAAAUGCUCCCUCGAGACCGCAUCUCCGCCCUAAUUGACCCAGGCACUUCCUUCUUGGAGCUAUCGGCACUAGCAGGACAUGGUGUCUACGAUGAGGAUGUCCCAGCCGGUGGAAUUAUUACCGGCAUUGGCAUGGUGGAGGGUGUCAACUGCAUGAUCGUCGCAAACGACAGCACCGUCAAGGGCGGCACCUAUUAUCCCAUUACUGUAAAGAAGCACCUCCGUGCACAGGCAAUCGCCCAGGAAAACCGCCUACCCUGCAUCUACCUCGUGGACUCUGGUGGUGCAAAUUUGCCUCACCAGGCAGAUGUGUUCCCUGAUCGCGAUCACUUUGGCCGGAUCUUCUUCAACCAGGCCCGCAUGAGCUCUCUUGGUAUUCCACAGCUCUCUGUCGUCAUGGGUCCCUGUACGGCGGGCGGUGCGUACGUACCCGCCAUGAGUGAUGAGACCAUCAUCGUUGAGAACCAAGGUACCAUUUUCCUGGCUGGUCCACCCCUUGUCAAGGCAGCUACGGGCGAGGAGGUUUCCGCCGAGGACCUGGGUGGCGGUCAAUUGCAUUCGAGUAUCUCCGGUGUCACAGAUUACUUGGCUGUUGACGAUGCCCACGCUCUUGUACUUGCCCGCCGCUCCGUCGCCAACCUCAACUACCCUCCCACCACGACUCCACUUCAACUGGAGAACGGGAAGGGAGAUUCUCUCGUUGUCAAGGAGCCUCUGUACGACCCCAACGAGCUAAACGGCAUCGUUGGUACGAACCUGCGCCGCCAGAUUCCCGUGCACGAGGUCAUUGCACGGAUUGUCGACGGGAGCGAGUUCGCAGAAUUCAAGCGUGACUAUGGUUCCACGCUGGUAACGGGCUUUGCGCGCAUCCAUGGUCACCGUGUUGGCAUCGUUGCUAACAAUGGAAUCUUGUUCUCAGAGUCCUCGCUCAAGGGUGCACACUUCAUCGAGCUCUGUGCUCAACGGCGCAUUCCUCUUGUUUUCCUGCAGAACAUCUCUGGAUUCAUGGUUGGAGCUGAUGCAGAGAAGGGCGGCAUUGCGAAGAAUGGCGCUAAGCUUGUGACGGCUGUUGCAUGUGCCGAUGUUCCUAAAUUUACUGUUGUGUUUGGAUCUAGUGCCGGUGCAGGCAACUAUGGAAUGUGUGGUCGUGCUUAUUCGCCUCGUCUUCUCUUCAUGUGGCCUAACGCUAAGAUCGGUGUCAUGGGCUCUGAGCAACUCUCUGCUGUCAUGGAAGCAGUCGGCCGAUCUGCCGAUCCGGCAUUAAAGGAUCGUAUUGAUCGUGAAUCAGAAGCCACUUUUUCCUCGGCCCGUUUGUGGGACGAUGGUGUUAUCCCGCCCUCCCAGACGAGAAAGAUGCUCGGGUUGGGCCUGACCGCUGCGCUGAGCGGCAAGUCGGAGCCAGAUGUGCAGACCAGGUUCGGUGUAUUCCGCAUGUGA